UCGAUUAGUCAAACUAACGCACUGUAGAUCCCUUGUUUGAACGUGUCUGUGUGUGAGAAAAGGAAAAAAUUAAAAAAAUCAGUCAGACAAGAGUAGAGAAAGAAUAAAUUUAUACUAUCAUCUUUUUUGUAAUAAUAAGAAAUAGAUUAUUUAAUAAUAAAAAAAUACUGAACGCAACAAUCAAAACGCAAAAGAAACAACCACAAAACGAAAAUAUGCAAUUGCAGUGAAUGGGAAAUGGAAAAUGAGUUGGAAAUUUUCACAAUAAAGUAGGCCAAAUCAAAAAAUCAACAUAAAAAAUACAAGGAGAACAAGAAAUUGAAAAAAUCAACGAGCAGCACUCAACACACACAUCAACGUACAUACUACAAUCAUUGAUCACACUCAACUUUAUAAUAAAACAAAAAAGAAAAAAAAUAUUUUGAAGUGAAGUAGUACAUAAGAGGUGAUACAAAAAAAAAAAACGAAAAAAAUAUUACACACAUAAACGGAAUGAUGGCGAUGAUGUGAAGAAAUCUUGAGAAUCUUUUUUUUUUUUUGUAAAUUGUGCUUGUGUAUAUUUUUAAGAUACAAAAACAACAACAAAUGGCAAUUGAGAAAUCAACAUUUCUUUUACACCUUCCAGAAAAAAGAGAUAAAAAUAAAAGAUAAGAGGAAUGAAAAAAAGACAAACAAAACAAUCUAAAUAAUUUUUUAGAUUUUGUUUAAAGUGAAAAAAAGACUAAUCAAAAACGUUUUGCUUCAUUUGAUUUUUUGUUUUUUGGGAAAUUUAUGACAAUUUCUUUGUUCUCUGCUCUGCUGACAGGGACGUUAACGUCACAGGCCCCCCAAAUACAUUUUGACGUUUACGUUGUCUCAGUGCCGUAAAAAUACAAUAACAACGCGCCGCCAUCCCCAUCCACAUACAACAAGAAAUACGAAAAAGUUAACGGGCCCAGAGAGAAGAGACGUCGUCAAUUUCAGUCAGUCAGUUAGUCUGCUUCUUCUUUUUUACGCUUUAAGAUGUGUUUUUGGUGAUUUCGGGUAAAUGCUGCGUGUCUUUGUUUAACCAGAAGAAGAAAAAAGGAAGAAAAAUGUCAAUUUUAUGCCUAAUCAUUGCAAAUUCAAGUGAAAUUUUGUGAAAAUUGUGCAAGAGAAAAGUUAAAAUGUAAAAAAGAAGGCAGUGAAAUCAAGCUGGAAAAAAAAUCAGCCCCGAAAAAAAGUAGUGAAGAAUAAUCAAGAGAAACCGUGAAAUACCAAAAUGUUUUUAAACAUUGCAAAAGUGAAUGUUUUUAGUAGCGAUUUAACAAAAAACUUGCACUCUAUUCUUUGUAAAUAUUUAAAGACUACCCAUAAAAGCCGCCCCAACAUAAGAUUUUCAUUGUCUUUAUUAAAUUCGUUGUCUUCGUCGUUGUCGUUUCGUUCGUUAUCCUCUGCGUUAUUGCCAUUGUGGUUGUCGUGGUCGUGUUGGUGGUUGCCUAAAUUUUAAAGAAGUAUCUUUUGGAUAUGUAUGAAUCCAACAACAGCAACAACAACUCAAAGUGGAAAAAAAUUCAAUUUAAAACAUAUGAAUUUAAGUGAAAACCCAUAAAUAGCAAAAAAAUAACGUCCAAAAGCGAAGGCAAGAAGAAAAAAUUUCUCACACAACAACGGCACAGAGGAAAAAAACCCAACCUCAAGUGAAAGAAGAAAAUACUGGUUUCCUUUUUUAACUGUGUGAACAUCGCAAUAGUAGUAGUCAUCGCCGUCGUCGUCGUCGUUAUUUGUGGACGUCGACGCUGUCAGUGUGUUUGGUGGCCGACGUCGUCAUUUGCCUUUUUUACAAUUGGCCAGCCAGCCCAAAAAAUUUAGAGGAGAAGAAGGAGGAGGAAAACAAGUUAAAAAAUAAGAAACACACACUCGCACUUACUCAUCCACAUAAAUUAACUGUGUUUAUGUGAUUCUGAUUGUUGUUUUUGUUUAGUUAUAAUAUACAACAAAUAACAAGGCGGCGGGCGACGACUGCGAUCGCCCGUCAUCGUUGCAGCAGCAGAGGCAGCGUCAUCUAUUGAAAGAAAAAUAAAAAAACCGCGCUAAAAUUUUUUUAACCAAGACCGAGGAAAAGAAAGUGGUGAAACUUCUUUUUGUUGUUGUUGUAAGUUGUGUGUUUCUUCUUGUUUUUUCUUUGACCAAGGGCUUCUUCAAAAACAAACACCUAAUAUACACCACCAGGAAGCUAAGAGGCUUGGCAUAUGCAUUUUCAAAAGGAUAUUUUAAGCUGUGUCUUUUGAAGAAUCCAGCAAGCUAUAUUUACACUCAAAUAGUUGGCAAAUAAAUUAUGGAUCCAAGUCGACAUCGCGAAUAUAUAGCCAGCAAUGAAGAACGAUCAAGACUUCAUACAUCGGCAGCAUACUAUAGCCGAGAUAUACCCGACGUAGCGGCACAUCGUUAUUAUGGAUCAUCUACUGCAGCUGUACAACCAACAACACAUCCUCCACCUCCGCCACCGGGGGGACCGGCAAGAAGUCAUAGUAACACAAGAAUAUCCUGCGAUUGUACAACAACACCAAGUGGCGCCCGUAUUACCUGUAACAACUGUCGUCUUAAUCCAAAUGGCGAUAUGUGGCCAAGUGCAUCGUCGUCGUCAUCGUCAUCAUCCAACUCAGGUCCUGCCGCCAAUGAAUAUCACAUGCAUAGAGAAUAUCGCCAAAUGACCACAAGUGAGGCCACAAUGCGUACGGGCAUGCGACAAAGUUCCAUGUAUAUGCAUCAGCAGCAACAACAACCACCACCUGCCCCACCUCCUGCAUCUAAUCCGGCGGCCCAACAUAUGCCGGCUGGUUUAAUGCAACAUCCUGGUGGGCAUCCUCCGCCAUCGCCCACUUCUUCACAAAGCAUAAUGCAAACCCACACAAUUAGUCGAACCAAUUAUUGGCCUCAGAAUCCGUCUUCAACCUCGCAACACUACGGUGAAGAACAUAUACAUGGACCGGGACCAGGACCCGGUCACCACCCCCAUGCCCAUCAUCAGCAGCAGCAGCAACAUGCCGCUGUUGUGCCGCCUCCCCACCAAGCCACCACAACUCAAACACAAAUUGACAGUAGCAUAACAAGGCGCCCAGCUGCAAAUGCGCUUGGCCCCAAUGGUGCACCCCUGGAUGCUGGCAACAUGUAUGGCCAAUAUAAGUCGGUAUCACAUCCAUCACACUCAGGUAGUUCCUAUCCAGCCCAGCAGCCAGCACCACCACAGCCAUCUUCCACGAAUCCGGUACAUCAUCAACAACAACAACAUCAACCACAGCAAAGGGUCAGUGCAAUAGGAGGAGGAUCUUCAGGUCAAACACCUCCCAUGAUUGGUGCUAGUAAUUCUCAUUAUAUUACCAAGGAACAACGUGUCUAUCAAACGAAAUACUCCUCGACAACAACCACAACAAAAAUAGCCUACAAUGCCACGGCAACAUCGACGGCCGUCUACGACAGCCACCAUCCCCAUCCCCAACAUGUGGGCAGUGCCAAUAAAACCUCUUCCGCCUCCCUACCCAUCGAUCAUCAUGUCAUCAAUCCCAGCAAUUUGCCCAACUCCAAGGAACAACAUCCCAGCCCGAAUUAUGCUCGCAAAUGUCCUCAAAUGUACACCCCCGAAACGGCGGCAGAACAGAGUACCGUCCAUCAGCAUCAUCACCAUCAUCACAACCUGUAUAUGACCACACCGCAAUUUAGUUCCGAUAAAUUCUCAAGGGCAUCGCCUCAACAGUUGCCAACGUCGGACUACACAAAGCUGCGGGAGAGUCCAAGUGGGGCAGGGGGUGCCAGUCCCUAUAUGGUAUCGUCUGGUGACAAUAAAUACAGCCACAUACCACCGUCCCCAUCAUCGUCACACCUGCGCGAAUCGCCACAGUUUGUCAGCUCCCCCCAAGCGCCGCCUCGUAAUGCCAAUGCGUAUUAUAAUAAUUCGAAUCCUCCCAAUCAUCAUCAUCAUCAGCAUCCUCCUCCACCUGCUGCUGCAUCCUCAAAGGUCCACCCACCGGAAAUGUCUCCGAUAAUAAUGAAACAAUCACCACAUCCGCAUUAUCAGUAUUCAAGAAGUCCGCUACAACCGCCGCCAUCGGCCGCAGCAUUACCACCGUCCGCCUCGCACUCACAAUUGCAUCAAAUGCCUGGCAAUAAAAUGAGUUCUAACGCCCCGGCGGCUGGAGGUGGACUGGCAGCACCUCCACCGCCGCCAGGAAAUCCACCACCCCUCUCAUCAUCACAGCGCUACCUAAUGGAUAAUGUCAAGCGAGAAGAUCUGGAAAUUUAUGAAAGUUCACCCCAGCAUCAGGCUCGAGGUUCCACGGUUGGGGGUGCUGCUGCUGCUGGUAGUGCAGGCAUUUAUAUCAAUCCCUACAAUACCCCACCACCCACGGGCGGAGAUUCGUGCUGCAAAGAGGUUACAGCCUCUUCGCCAUACACCAUUGUGGGUUCAGCUACACCCAAUUAUCGUGUGGAAUCUCCUCAAUUCUAUGGCACAAAAUAUGGGAAAAUGUCCACAACGACUGGGUCGGAGAAACAUGCAGCCCUACUGCAGCAGAAUACCCCACCGCCCAGCCGGGCCCCCAGUCAAAGAGGUGGACAUCCGGGGGGACAACCAGCCGCUUAUUAUUAUGAUGGUAAUCCACAUAGUGCUCCCUCGCCUGCAGCAGCAACGGCAGCUUCACCUAGUCCCUCGUCCGCGCUUCUGGCCUCCUCCACCACAACAUCGCAAACGCAUAUUCAUCACACCGAAUAUGUGACGACAACAAUACAGGGCCCAGCAGGUCAUGCCAUGCCUCCGCAAUCCUCCUAUCCACCCAGCCAGCCCAUGGGCCAACAUCAUCAGGCUGCCGGCUUGAGAAAUACUGAAAUGUUACCUUACGAACGCGCCAUGCCGCCGCUUCAAAAUCAUGCCCAACCUCCAGCGGGCAUGAAACAUGGCGGCCACACCUCUACAAUGGUGCCAGUCCAACAAAAUGUCUCCUCCGUACCUUCUUCACAACAUCAUAAUGCUUCCAAAAUACCUGUUAAUCCGGUGGGUGGCGGCAGUAGUAAAAAUAAGCCAAACUACCGCGAGCUAAUCACCCGGCAAUUGGCCAUGCGAAAUGCCACCUCAGAGGAGGAAUUAAAUUUGCAGAUCAUUAAAAAGACUUUAAAUGUGGAUUCUCAAAAUAUCAGGGUGCCACCGGGGGGACCCGCGGGAAAUGUGGCGCAAUCCAAUUUGGCACCCAAUGCCAGAGGAGUUAUUGGUGGGCCUGCUGCUUUACAUCAGCCACCGGCAAUUGUUGGUGGGCCUCCAGCUGGAGUGCCUCUACUUCAACCUCAACCCUCUAAUCUUCCGCUGCAGAAUUCCAAGCUGGCUAGUCAUCAUACGACGACGGCGGCAGCGGCGGUGCCACGGCCAGCAGAACCUUCUCGAAUUUUCAUUAAACAAGAGGAUGACAAGCCCUCCUCCUCGUCGUCGUCGGCGGCGCCGUCUUCCGGUCCAACAACCACCACUUCUCCCCUAGAUCUCUCAAUGCGUACGGUGAAAACCAAGGCCGAUUCGACAGAGUACAAAUAUCAACAGAGACGUUCCACACCCAAUUUGUCGAAUGUGGCCAGCUCUUCAGUGGGUGGUGGUUAUACAUUGCCACGUGUCGACUCAACGCCUGUCUUUUCGGUGCAUGCCUUUGAACCGGGUGCCCCCACAUCUGUGGUAGACAUUACCGGCAGUGGUCGCCGGCCAAGCCCCCACAGUUCUAGACACAAUUCACUGGAGCGCAGCAGCAGAAAUUACACACCUCCCACCCAGCCGAGUCCCCAGAAUUCCAGACACAAUUCGCUGGAGCGCAGUCGAAAUUACACACCACCCAGCCAGCCAAGAGAUAUUGUCAUGACGCCAACACAUUCGAACAGUGUAUCGCCCAUAGGAUCGUCGUCGUCCACAUAUCCCCAUCCGGCGGAACGUCAUUCCAGUUCGCCCUACACCCCAAGACGUAGUGUGGGGGAAAUUAAUCCAACAAUGACGGCUCCCGGCAGUCCACAUAUUAAGACUGGCUCCUCCACCUCCACUUUAUCUUCCAUGUAUGAUCCGGCAGCUCCAUCCUCGUGUAUUAUAAAGGCUGCACCGAAAACGGAAAGGGAUUUACCGCGCCACACAAUACCCCAGGCUAGGCCAAGUGUCUUGGAAACCAAUCCCUAUGCUGCCAGUGUUAUAAAAACUGAGCCCACAAAACGAAUGCCACUGGAAGGUGGCAGUUUAACUGUGAGCGCUUCUCCCUCUUCAUCUGCUUCGUCGAGCACAACACAUCACACCUUGGCAGCUGUAGAACGUUUGCCGCCCGAUACAAGUAUAAUGCCUUUGCCACUCAAAAGCAGUUACGGCCUAUCAUCAAAGCCCUCGGCAAUAAUGGCACCCAAACAGGAUAGUCCCUCUCCCGUGAAUACCUCACAAGGUUGUGAAAGAAAUCCCAAUUUUAGAAAACGACACAUACAAGAGUAUUCCCAUCAAAUGUCCGCGUCCGGAGAGCCCAUGAUUAAACAAUCGCGAUAUUUGGACUCUAACACAAGCCCCGGGGUGGGCCACACGAUGGCCUCCAAACCCAUUAUACCAAUGAGGCCUGCAGAUAUUUCCGUAAUUGCGGUAAAUGAAAGUAAUCAACAUGAAUUACUGGCGGAACGCAACCUAGGAAGUGGGGGUGUAAUCGCCACAGCUGCAAGUAUUGCCAAGAAUCAGGCCCCCGUCAUUGUGAAUAAUUUCAAUCACUGCAAUUCUAAGACUCUACCACCUCCCAUAGCCACGGCUGACUCAUCGGGAGCUGUGGUCUGCAAACAAGAGCCAUUGACACCCACUGGAAUGGCAGAUGCUAGCCUCACACCCAAACUGGAAACGGCGAUUGCUCAACAACCACCCAGCCAGCCCAGAAUAAGGACAAAAGCUGAGCUAAAGGGUUUCACAUUCAAUCCACCACCACCGACGGUGGAUGUCAAGCCAAGUGAACCACCAUCGCCAACUGCUCCUGUUGCUGCAGCAGCAGCAGCAGAGGUGGUGGUAAACAUAAAACAAGAAUCCCCUCCUCCAGAGGUAACACCAACAUCAACGCCUGUCAAAAUUAAAGUAGAAGAACCAGAAUCCACUGUCAUGGAGGAAAUCGAAGCCAUACCCGGCUUGGAAGAUGACUUUUCGGGAAAGAACCUUUUGGAUUUUGGUUGGAGUAAUACCUGUAACAAUUUUGUGGAACAGCUAAUAACCCGGCCGGCCAAGAAAUCCAUAAUGCCGGGAUUAGUGAAUAAGGCCAUCACCACUCCAGCGGCAGUUCCCAAGGAGAGUUGUGUCGACAAUGCGGCAACCGCUUCCAAUGAUGCCGGCAAAGCUAAGCUUAAUAACUAUUCCAACAUUGAAUCUGCGGCAGAUACCACGACAACACGUAGCUCAUUUCCCCAUUUUGAUGGUGGCAUAGAUUCUGGCAUGAAAUCCUCCUCCGUAAAUCAAGAUCCUCUGAAUUCUCCCUCCUCCUCGACGGCUGGAAUGAUGCACAAGAAGUUGAAUAAAUUGGGAAGAGAAAAGAAACGCUAUCAACAGGAGAAACGUUUGGCAGAACGCCUGCAAAGCAACAAGGAUAGCUCGUCGGAGACAGAAGAUGAAUUGGACAAGCGCAAGACGGAACGCCUGAAGAAGCCGCUAAUGAAGGCUAAAAAUAAACUGAAAUCCAAAACCAAUAGCAAUGCCAGCAACAACGACAACAAUUCCUCUUCGACGCAAGUCAAUGAUAAAAAUCAAUUUUCGGAUUGUGGUUCAGAUUCUUCGUCCAGCGAGGAGUCGGAGGAAAAGGAAAAGAGCAAAAUGCCUCCAACCACAGUGGCGGCCAAGAAGGAGAUCUCAAUGAAAGUAAAUAACGUUCAGGAUAUCAAGGGUUGUGAGAAAAAGUCUAUCAAAGAGGAGGAGGAUGACAAGCAGCAGAAUAAGGACUUGGCAAAAUCUAAAACAACGGAAAAACAAGAGAAGGGCAGUAAAAAGGAUAUUAAAGUGGAGAAGGAAGACAAAACCAAGGAUAACAAAAAGUCUCCAGGAAAAUCCACCGAAAGCGAAACAAAAAAGCCAGCCGAUUCAGGCUCACCUUCUUCCUCCUCCUCCUCCUCUGCCGCCGCGUCAUCAGCAUCAUCAUCCUCCAGUUCAAGUGAAAGUGACAAUGCCAAGGACAAGGAAACAAAAGAGAAAACCAAGACCACCACGAACGCCUCCUCAAAUAAAAAAUCCAACGAAAUUUCCUCCAAAACAAUUGGGAAAUUUAAGAUAAGCCUCAAUACCAUGACCCGUUCCAAACGCAAAAAAGAAAUGGAAGCCCAAAUGGCCAAUAGCAAAGUUCUGCGCAAUGACAAGAUCAUUCGAAACUCCACCUCGAAGAUCAAACGGAAAUAUGUGCGGAAAUAUGUCAACAAUGUCAAUAGCUAUCAAGAAUCGGGCGGCUUGACCCGGGAAUCGGGAGUCAUUAAGUCGGCUCGCCUCAAGGCCAAAUUGGAGAGGAAAGUAUUGGCGCUAAAUCAUCUCAAGGGCAAAGAUAAGGGAAAGGUCAACAACAACAACAACAACAACAACAAGUUAAAGGCCUCGACGACGGCAACACCUAAGGAAGUGCAAAAUGCGCAGACAGUAACACCACCUACCAAGGGUGCCAAAACGGAAAAUCUCCAUGAUCCAAAUGUUCUUGAGCUAUAUCGCUUCAAACGUGCCCUUAAGGUGCCACCCAGUCUUAUAAGUAUUAAACAUCCGGCAGCCCACAAAAUUGCAGCCUCUCUGCCGGAUUUGGAGCGGCAUGCCUCGGCCUUGGAUGCCUAUGCCAAGAAAAAGAAAAAGAUUAAUUUGAAAUCCCACAAAAACGAUAAAAACGGCAGCGGUAAAUCCAAGACGACAAAUGAAAAGGAAGGUCCGGCAAGUGGUGGCCAACAAAAGGAUGAUGAACCCAGAUCUAUCAUUGAUUUGCUACAUUCCCGGGUCACCAAGGCGUCGGGACUUAAUGUCAGCAAUAAAUCCACUACUACCACAGCCUCAAAAACCGCCGCCAGCGCAGCAGCCAAUUCCACUACACCCAAAACCAGCAGCACCACCUCGACCAGCCUGUCCUGUGUGAUUGGUAAAAACUAUGCCAACAGUUCGAACAACUGCGGUAUGUUCAGUGAAACCUCGCAGACCACCGAGUCGAGUGAACUGCAAAUGUUACCACCUAUAAAGCCCUCGUCCGAUGAAGAUGACGAUGAUGACAAUGAAUCGGCCACCAGUGGCAAAAAACGACACUUUAGCAUCUUCGAGACCACAGUGCUGCCUACGAAAACUCGUACCGAAUCGAAAAUGCAACAGAAACGAGAGAAUAUACGUGAAAUAUUUGUGGGUGAUGAUCGGCCGGCUUCGGCACCACCUGAAAUGACACAGGCCCCCGAUAAUGGAGGCAGUGGUGGUGGUGGGGGAAUUGAAAAAAUGACCUACGAACAGACCUAUGAACAAUUUCUACAACAAAUGAAUAUUGUUAUUAGCUCGGACAAAACCGGACGAUUUAGUCGAACAGCUGGUGCCCGAAAGCUGUUACUCCCCACCACCACGAACUCACAAAAUGCGAACAGCAACAACUCGACCUCAUUGAAUAUCAAACAGGAGGAAGUGGAUACCGAAAGUACAAGUGUCAUGGAUCCCGAUGAACUGAAAGAUGAUCAAAAAUCCGAAACCACCCAUACCAUAAGGAAGAAACGUGGCAAAUACCUUCGGCGUAAAGGCAGCUCAGGUUUCGAUUAUAUACGGAAAAAGAAGAAACCCUCUUCCAGUUCCGUUUCCAAUGCCAUGCACAAUCACAAUAGCUCUCACAACUCAGCGUAUCACAAUUUUUCGAUAAAAAACGAAAAAAUGGAAGCCGACGAAUAUGAGAACAAGGUGAAGACCGAAGACGAUGUUAGUCGGGAAAUCCAGAAAUGGGUACUCAACAAGGGUGUGGGUCAGAGUACAAUGCAUAAGGCAGCCCGUCAGGGUUACAUCGAUGUGGUGGUGUAUUGUUUGGAACGCAUGAACAUGAAUCCGGAUCAGAAGGAUAAUGCCGGCUAUACGCCGCUGCAUGAGGCCUGUACCAAUGGGUGGUUGGACAUUGCAAGGGUAUUGCUACAAUAUGGUGCUAAUCAUUCGGCAGCGGCUCAUUCGGGUAUACGACCGUUGCAUGAGGCUAGUGAAAAUGAUCAUGAGGAGAUUGUUCGUUUGUUAUUGGCCUAUGGUGCUGAUCCUCUAUUGGCUACAUAUUCAGGUCAAACUCCCUUAAUGUUAGCUUCAAGCACAACAAUGCGUGAUAUUUUAAAUAAUCAUUUAAUAGAUGUACAAAGUAUGGGACCUGAACGCAAGCCAUGGAAAUUCAAUGGGCCAUGGGAGAUAUACGAUCCUUCAGAAUGCGGUUAUAAUGUGUUUGAGGGUGCACCAAAUCCAUUGUGUGAUACGAGCCGAGCUCCAUUUUUACGUAAAGGUUCUUCUUCUUCUACUUCGUUAGCAACAAAUAAUCAAAUGAUGCAAAACAAAAAACAAAUUGUGCUCAACAACACAGCAGCAACAACAGCGAAUAAAAAUAGCACAUUGGAUGCAGCUACCACUAAUAGCAACAAUUCCCAACAAGUUGUUGUACAAAAUGGUCCUACUAAAAGUGAAAACAACAACAGUACAAGUACUGUCAAUAGUUGUAGUGGCAGUGGUAGCAGUACCAGCAAUAAUACUGAAGCUUUAAAAGCAACUGGUGGUGGUGGUAUCAGUGAGGCAUCACAUCAUCAUAAAGGGGAGACAACAACAAAGACUGUUAUGGAUAAAUGUGCAGUAGUACUUGAAAUAGAUCAUUUCAAUACGGUUCAAAUGAAAUCUGCCGUUGGCGGCAGUAGCAGCAGCAGCGGCAGCAACAACAACACUAAAUCGGAGAUAUUAGUUGAAAACUCGGAUAGUGAUGGUGAAAUGUUUGAGUUUGAGGAAGCGGACAUUUUACUGCCACCCCUGUAUCUACUCAAGGACGAGGGCACCACUGAUAAAUGGGUGCUCUUGAGUGAUUUGUGCAAUUUACUUAAAGUGAAAUCAAAGGAUACUUUAUUGAAUAAGAUCUAUCCACAAUCUUCUUCCGCGGCAUCCGCCCACAAAAGUCUUAUGCGUGAAUUGAAAAUGUCGGAUUUCCUGGAGAAGGCGACAUGUUUACAACUUUUGUGCGCCGGUGAAAAACUGAAUAUCUGCGCAUCAAAGGUUGUGCUAAUCAAAUACAACGAGAAUGUUAGAAACUUAUUAGGGGUCAAAACAAUAUUAAUGAAAUUUUAGAAAUUAAAGACACACAAAAAACAACAACACAUAUAGAUUUACAAGAAUGCUGUAACGAAGAAAAAAUAAAAAGAAUCAAGUAAUUAAAUAAAAAAAGCAACAACAUUUAUGUAAAACAAACAACAACAACAAAAAUAUUCAAAAUAUUUUAGUUUGUAAGCUUUAAUUGACAACAAGAAUGAAUGAAAAGAACAAGCAACAACAACAAAUUGUGUGAAAUAGAGUAACGAAAAAUUAAUGGAAAAACAAAAAUUAAAAUAAUUAUAAAUUCAUAUACAUCUAGCAUAUAAAUACAUACAUUAUAAUAAUAAUAAUAUACAUAUAUUUAUACUAAAUAUACAGUAUACAUAUAUAAGAAAUGAAGGAUGGAUUAAGCAUAAAAUAUAGUUUUUAAUUUUUAUUGUAGCAAAAAGUGAAAAAAAAAUUAACAUCAAGAAUUAAUAAAAAAUAUAUAUAAUGAAAUUACUGUAUUAUUGUGUGUUAAAAUACAUUAAAACAAAUCAACACACGCUAAACAAUAACAACAAUAACAAACAAUGUGCAUAUAUUAUUUUAACGUGUUCUUUUUUUUUACAAAAUAUAUACAAAACAAAAAAACAUACUCUACACUGUAAGCGUAAAAUUUAGUUUAUUAUCGUUGUAUUUUUAUAAUUUAAAGAAAAAUAAUAUUUAAAUGUAUUUUUUUUUUUAAAAAACCUACUGUAGUUCACAUAUGCUAAUUUGUUUUAAAAAUCAAAACUCGUAUUAAGGUACUAAAAAGAGAGCAUCGAAACAAAAUAAAAAACAACAUUUAAGUUUCUAUUUUAGGUUUCAAUUCUAUUUUCUGAGAACAAAAAC